CCCAAGUAGAUAUGAAAUUGCAUAGGCCUCAGACUGGAAAUUUCCAGUACACAUGUGUGUAUAGAACAACGGUAUUGUACGUGGUUACUAGCCCUGAUGUCCUAAAUGACCUGACAGACCCAUAAGUUUCUAACAAAAUGAGCAGACAUCAUGAGGAGAAGGCUAUGACAGAACCUGCCAUGGAGGGGAUUUCUAUACUCCUGUCAAGAUUUAUUGACAAGAAUCUUACCGGGACAAAGGAGAUGACCGACAAUCUGAGAAGGGUCAUGCUGAUGGAGGAAUCUAUAUAUAACUGUAGCGAAAACACCAGAAAUAUAUUCCAAGAGGGAAUCUUGGAGUAUGGUUCUGAUACGGACAUCAUGAUCAUUGACAAUGAUGUGUUGGUUUUGUACCCUGGACAGAGUUUUCCUUCAGAUAGCACACACAAGUCUGUGCUGUACAUAACCAAGGCUCGGGAAGCUGAUUGCAAACCUGGCUACGUGACCUUACAGCUAGGUCAGUCAGGACAGGAGCAGAGUUCUGUGCUUGCUAAUUCACUUAGUCAUGUUGGGGAAAAUACAUUUGUCUCCAGUGACAUCUUCAGAGAACAGGCCGUCAACCAACAAAGUCAAUCUGCAGCUAAGCCAAGUGUAUCUCAUGGGCCGAGCAGCACAUACCAGACAAAGGACGCUACUAUGAAUACGGUGGUCGGCUUUGCAUGUAAAAGCUGGCCUCGGGAUGCUGAUGAGUGGGUGACACGUACUCGUGUGUUUGGAUGGCCGCCUCAAAAACUGAUAGACCAAAUCGUUUGUCGUGGCUGUCACCUCGUGCCACUAGGAGCUAACUGUUCCAAGGACAAACCACUACAGUGGAGGAUAUCCCUGGCAUCAGCCGAGAGAGCUUUGGUUUACUCCCUCAGUCACAUCCAGUUGAAGGUUUACUGUUUACUGAAACAGUUCUUAACACAGUUGAAGAAUACAGAGUUACUAAGAGAACUCCCUGGCGAUAUUUUCUGCUCAACUCUUUUGAAAAUGCUGAUGUUUUUCUCAGUGGAAAACUCUCAUCCAAUGCUGUGGCAAGAACAAAACUUGUUUUACUGUUUCUGGUUUUGCCUAAACAUUCUGAUCUCUUGGGUCAAGACAGGAACAUGUCCAAAUUAUUUCAUCCCAUCUGACAACUUGUUCCGACAAAAUAUCCAUGGACAAAAUCAACAAAGUCUGCUGGAUAUUCUAACAGUUUUCCAUAGGGAAAAAUUACAAUGCCUUUCACAUGAAAAAUUCCUUCGACCAACUAUACUGGAAAGUGUUUGUGAUACUAAAGUACAGGCUGAGCUUAUGUGUACACACACUGAAAAUGAAAUGGAGUAUUACCGGGAUAUGGGACUAGGAGUAAAACAAGCCCCCACAUGCCAGACCAGUAGGUUAAACCUGCACAGACAUCUGAUGAGAACAAUGUAUUUGUUAAUGCAAUCAGACACAGAGGUUGACGAAAUUAUCGCUUUCUGUAAUAUGACAAGUUUGCUAUCACAGAUCACACAGGGAGAGGCCAGUCCUGACCACAUUGCCGAACCUACUGGAAACAAAGCUCGAUACCAGACCCUGAGGAAAUGUAAACACAGAUUAACCCUGUGUUCCUCAGUAGCCACGGAACUGUGCUACUUGGCAAAUUUUCACUUCCUGUCCGGGAACUACAGUAAAUCAUUGCAGUUGUGUAGACAAGUAAUGGCACAACCUUCAUAUCAAAGGAACGUUAACAUGCUGCUCCCACCAGAACAGAAAGCAAGGUAUAUACAAGAAUACUGCGGAAAGGGUUUCACUUUAAUUCACAAGCUGAGGAAAACCUUCACAAAGUCACUUUGUUUUGAGAACGAAUACCUGUAUCUUCCCCACCUUAACCCCGAGAUGUCAAAAAGUCCUGUAGGGGUGAACAUUCCACCACUGCCCUUUGUGGUGUUUCUGUCCUUCCUCUGCUGCCACGAACUCGGAGACACCAGAGGACGUGAUGCCGCACUACGUCACCUGAUAGUGGUCAAGUAUGAUGACCUAAAUGGAGGACACACAAACUGGACAGUGCACACCCUCCUUGGGAUCUGUUAUGAGACUUUAGGGGAUCAUCACAGGGCCAUCAGGUCUUACAUGGACUCGGAACAGUCAAAGACCGAGUUCCAUGACUUCAAUCCUGCCCUGGAGAGGAUUGGGGCACUACAAAGGUCUGACAGAGCCAGGUCAGAGGUCAUACAUUAGUGGCACCAAGGACCUUGAAAAGACUUCAUUAGAUUUUCACUUAUAAUAACUUAUAAUUAUCUGCUACAUUGUUUUCUCAACCUGAGGUCAAUACUGGCAUCAACUCAGAAAAUGAUUAGCUGACAAUGACAUCAUUUAAUAAAUAGAACGUAAUGGAACCUCUAUACCUCAUCCUAAAUCUCUAGUCUUAUACAAGUAGUGGGUAAUUGUGUUACCAGGUAUUGUUAUUAGCCUAUGGAGAUACAAAAUGUUUGUCCUAAGUACAAGAAACUUAGAAAAAGAGAGUACUUACGGUACUGAGAAGUCCCAAAACACACACGAUGGGGAGGAAUAGUUUGUCUGAAACCACGAAGCAAGAUUCACUCAAGUAUAUCUGCAUACAUGCAUUGACAAUGAUGAUAACUUAGUAAAUACAUGUAAAUACACAAAUUGUUAAUUUUAAAAUUGUUUUUUUUUGUGAACUGAUACUAACAUUGAAAAAACAAACUAAAACAUAAAUAUUGUAAUUCACUUGUUUUUCUUCUCACUAAAAUUUUCAUUUUUUUUGAACAAACAAUAUCCCCUUAUUCAAACAGGGAGCAAGUGUUACGACAAAUAGCCCAGAGUCAAUAAGUUCUGCUCAAUCAAGCAACAUAUAAAAACAUUGAUAUAUUUUCAUUCUUUAUGAAUAUCAUGGCAUUACUACAGCCCUCUAUUGAAUUGCUAGCAUACAUCAUUGAUAAUGAGUUACUCACAAAUAAAAAAAAACUUCAA